AUGUCGAAUAUCGAAAAAUUUGAUAUUACUAGAUGCCAGAGACUUUCUCAAUUAAAUGAGAAAAUAAUUAAGCAAUACGAAACACAAACUGGAGCAAGGAUUAUUCUUAAUACCGGGCAAAUUACAACUUUGACAAUCUCCGGAAAUUCAUCUCAAUUUAUAAAUGCCAAAGUUUUGAUAAGAGAUUUCCUUGAAAAAACCUCCUUUCUUCCAACACUUAGUUAUUUUGUUUUGGCUGAACAUGUUUCGAAUAAUAGAAAACUUAAAUUUGAGAAAUUCAAUGAGAAAACUGUAGAAAUUAAUGGGGAUGGUGGUGAUGAUGGUAAUGAUGGUAAUGAUGGUUAUGAUGAUGAUGAUAAUGAUUCUUUAGAUGGAUCAGACAUAAAAUCUCGUUAUUUCAUUAAGUUUGAUGAGACUGUCGUUAAUUAUGACGAUAAUAAACCUGAUGAAUAUAUAAAUCUUACUCCAUAUCAAUUCAAUACCAUCAAUAAAAUUGGUGAUUGUUUGGAAAGAUUAUUUUUAAAAAUAAAAACAACUAUUAAUAGGAGUCUUACAUUCCACGACCAAAUCAUUUUUAAACCUAAAAUAUUCUUUGGUAAACUCUUAUUUUUUGAUUUUACUAAUCCCGAAGAUCCUUUUGUUUUACAAGAAUGGUAUAGGUUUAAUGUCUUAUCAAAAAGAGGUCGUAGCGAAAGUGUUGCCGAUUGUUCUUGUGAUGAUGGUGAUCUUUAUGGUUGUAGGACCGUUAAUAAUGAAUUUCAACAAGGUUCGCCUCUAAUUGAGGAAAAUUUUAGAAUAUUUCAACAAAAAUUUGGGUUUAAAUUGGAUGAUGAACAGGGUAAAAACAAGGGAAAAGUAAAUAUUACUUAUGUUCCAUCACCAACUAAGAAGAGAAAGAUAACAUUGCGUUGGAGUGAACAAGAAAAUAAAUGGAAAGUUGCUAUCAAUGCUCAUGGUCUUAAUCGUCUAGCUAAUAUUGAUAUUGUCUCUGGAUCAAAAACGCCUGACAUAAGAUUCUCACUUAAAACUUUUUAUGGACUUCCUUCUGAAGGUUCAGAAAUUGAGAAAACAGUGAAUGUCGUACAAUCUCAAAUUUCUGCUGAAAGAGAUGGCAUGUGGUUUAAAUCAAAAGAUUUUAAAGGCACUGAAAUUAAAAGAGCUGUAAUUCGUCAAGUCAUUAGAAAGAAAUGCUACAAGAAUGAAAAAUUUUCUAUUACGUUUUCAACAGUAAAACAGGAAGAGAAAGGUAAAUUCUUCAUUCAAGACUCUAUCACUUUAGGACACAAAUUUUGGGAUCAAAAAAUUAGCUUAGAUAAUGUUGAAGAAUUUAUGACGAGUAUUUUUGAAUCUUUGUUUUAUGCUCGAGAAAUGAUGAAUGUUUUUGUUUGA